CGAGGAGACGCUUACAUGCUGAUGCUCCGGGCCGCCGCGGCGCACGCGCGGGCGUCAUGGGCUGAGGGAAGGAGGCUGGCACCAGCCCUUGGCUCCCUUGGCUCUCUCACAUCUUCUCCCUCUCCCUCCUUCUCUCCUGCUCGCGCCGCCUGGCAGCGUCGCAGCUACACCGCAGAGGAGAGCCAGGUGUCCAUUCCGCCUGUCUUCACCAGAGAGGAAUUCCGCCAGCAGAAGCAUAUGAUCUUUGAAUCGGAUGCCCCCACCAUUUUUCAAUACCUGAUGGAAAGAUUCAAAAGAAAAUUGUAUCCUAGCAGGGGCGAGAUGCAUCAAUACAUCAAGGCAUGCGAAACUCAAGAAGAUUUGAACAGGACCUUCUAUCUGUACGGUCUUUUGCGCGUGAAGUACACGGAUCUUCACGUUGAAUCAGGGGGAUUGUUGAUGGAAGCUUGCAUCAGGAAGGAGCAUCUAGAUGCUGCUCUCAGGUUGUUAUUUUCGCACAGAGUCUAUCGUCUGGGCCUGCCCAAGACUGCAUGCGUACAUUUGGUGGCUGCGCUGGGCAAAGCUGGGCGGUACGAGGAGAUGGUUGCGGCAGCGCUGUUCUGCUACCACGUGAAGAUGAAUAUGGCAGACAAGAGGACCUUUAACGCAGUGAUCUACUCCUUGUGUGCUGGUGAAAAACUCUCGGAGGCCAUUGCCAUGAUGAAGAAGAUGCAGGACCUCGAGCAAGUCUACGACAAGUUUCAGUUCCGCAUUAUUCUCACGGAGUGCAACCGUCAGAUGGCUGCCGGAGAUGAAAAGGCUUCUGCUGCAGCUGAGAUCCGCCAGCAAGUGGCUGCCUUGCUCAAGGAAGUCAAGAUAGAUGACCCCCGGUGCCAGGAACUCCUGUCUGAGGAAUUCCAGGUGAGUGCGGCGAAUGCAGAUGCAUCUGAGCAGGCACCAGAAGAAGGCGACAAGAAGUAGAGCUCAUUGAAUUGUUCUUCAAUCUUUGAUAUCAUAUUGCUACACCCGAACUUGCC